AUGGAACUGCAGCCAAAGUCAAAACACUACAUUUCACAGGCUUUGUGUGUGAGGCUCCCCCGCGGGACGUGUGUGUGUGUGAGGCUCCCCCGCGGGACGUGUGUGUGUGUGAGGCUCCCCCGCGGGACGUGUGUGUGUCUGUGUGUGUGUGUGAGGCUCCCCCGCGGGGACGUGUGUGUGUGUGAGGCUCCCCCGCGGGACGUGUGUGUGUGUGAGGCUCCCCCGCGGGACGUGUGUGUGUCUGUGUGUGUGUGUGAGGCUCCCCCGCGGGACGUGUGUGUGUGUGAGGCUCCCCCGCGGGACGUGUGUGUGUCUGUGUGUGUGUGUGAGGCUCCCCCGCGGGACGUGUGUGUGUCUGUGUGUGUGUGUGAGGCUCCCCCGCGGGACGUGUGUGUGUCUGUGUGUGUGUGUGAGGCUCCCCCGCGGGACGUGUGUGUGUGUGAGGCUCCCCCGCGGGACGUGUGUGUGUGUGAGGCUCCCCCGCGGGACGCUCCCCCGCGGGACGUGUGUGUGUGUGAGGCUCCCCCGCGGGACGUGUGUGUGUGUGAGGCUCCCCCGCGGGACGUGUGUGUGUCUGUGUGUGUGUGUGAGGCUCCCCCGCGGGACGUGUGUGUGUGUGAGGCUCCCCCGCGGGACGUGUGUGUGUCUGUGUGUGUGUGUGAGGCUCCCCCGCGGGACGUGUGUGUGUCUGUGUGUGUGUGUGAGGCUCCCCCGCGGGACGUGUGUGUGUCUGUGUGUGUGUGUGAGGCUCCCCCGCGGGACGUGUGUGUGUGUGAGGCUCCCCCGCGGGACGUGUGUGUGUGUGAGGCUCCCCCGCGGGACGUGUGUGUGUGUGAGGCUCCCCCGCGGGACGUGUGUGUGUCUGUGUGUGUGUGUGAGGCUCCCCCGCGGAACGUGUGUGUGUCUGUGUGUGUGUGUGUGUGA